AUGUCAAAUUUUCGCGCUAUUCCUUUUUCAAAAACUAAUGCCAACAACUCUGUUGAUACUUUGGAACCAAUCAUUAGAAGUAUUCUUAUCAAAAACUCCAAUACUGUCGACGGCAUCAAUAUUAGUAACAAUAACUCAUUACCACUUACACCACCUGAUUAUACAACAUUAUUUGAAAAACGGUCGGUUUCUUUUAAUAUUCCAGAAGAUAAUAAGAAUUUUCAUAAUAACAAAUCUUUUAUUGAAUACGAUGACGAUGUCGAGAUGAGCAUUGAAGAUGGUGGUGAUAAUAGCUCUGAUGAAUAUGAUUCUUUAGCAGAAAAUUUUAAUUCUAUUGAUAUAUCGGCAAAGUUACUAAACAAUUCCGAUGAAAUACGUGUGUCAUUAUUGGAACGUGACACGGAAAUGAAGGAGUUAUUUAUUAUUAAUAAAGAUUAUUUUGAUGGGGUCAAACAAUUUAUUUCUGAUAACAACGGUGCUACUUGUAAUACUUGGCAAGAGUUUUUAAAUCUUUUGUAUUCCAAGCGUGAAGAAAUUUCCGAUAAAAAAUGGAUGAAAUUAAAUGAUGACAACAUAUAUCGUGACAACGCUUAUCUUGAUCAAUUUUAUAAAGAUAAUUAUUAUUAUCAGAAUAAUAAUUUUAUUGACGUGACAUUAAUUCGUGAUUUCCCAAAAAUUUUAGAAAAUUUCGAAUCUUCUUAUCCACAAUUUUUCGUAAAUUUAAAACAAACAUUGGACAAAAAAUCUACCAAUAAUAGUAAUAAUGUUGAACAGGAGGAAAAAACUCCUUACGAAGAGUUUAAAAAUAUUUUGUUAAAAUCAAGGAAUGAAAUGACAGACAUUGAAUGGGAAGAGUCAAUUUAUAAUAUAUUAAAUCCUUAUCCAAGAUUAAUUGAACAAUUCGAAGAAAUAAUUGCUUAUGAAAUUUCCGAAGAAUGA